AUGGACGGGCCUCCGUCCCCAACCGUCGAGGCCACCAUUGUCUCUCCCUCGUCACCAUCUCACACUGCGCAGCUCACUUCUGGCCUCAGACUCCUGUUUAUGCUUCUGUCGAAAAUUCCCCUAUUAACCCAAGUUGCCAUUUUACAUGUUCUGCAGCUCUCAGAGCCAUCAAAAUACCUCGACCUGAAAUCUAAUUUGGUAGUGUCUCUAAUACGCGCAGUGUUGACGCCUUCAACUCCACGGCCAGUGUCCUCUGUCCAGAAAUUCACCACGCGCAACGUUGAGAUCAAGGGCAAAAUAUGGGUCAGCUCAUAUGCCUCUCCUCCUCCGCCCGAGACCGACAUCAGAGACUCACUGAUACAAGUCGUGGAGAGCAUGAGAGACGAAAACGUGAAAGAGGGCAACGUCAGGAUCCCCCCCUUCUCUCACGUAGAGGCGGAAUGGACAGGCUAUAGAGCAUCAGCCUCGAAAAGGGAACAUUUGCCUAAAAUCUCGGAGGUGGCCAAGUUUCAUGAAAUGAUGAAAGAAUGCCAAAAGCCCACGACAGUGCUCUAUUUCCAUGGCGGCGCCCAUUACCUUUGCGAUCCUGCUACGCACCGUAAUACGGUAACAAAACUGGCCGAGUUGACCAAAGGAAGAUGCUAUUCAGUGCGAUAUCGACUGGCGCCACAGAAUCCAUUCCCAAGCGCGCUGCUGGAUGCUCUUGUGUCCUACUUUACGCUGCUUUAUCCGCCCCCGGAUGCCUUUCAUGAGGCUGUGAAACCAGAGCACAUUGUUUUUGCGGGAGACAGCGCCGGUGGAAAUCUCGCUCUUGCGCUACUGCAGCUGCUUCUCCAGCUGCGUCGCACGAACCCUCGAAUUCAGUGGUACGGCGAGCAGCGCGAGGUUCUUUUACCAGCGGGCGUUGCUUGUGUCUCCCCUUGGAUUGAUAUCACGCACAGUACGCCUCCAUGGCAGGGCCAAGAUCCCCACCCCUUUGACUAUCUGCCCAAGCCACGCCCCGAAUUCGAGGCCAAGAUACCUCCUUGUUCGAUCUGGCCAGCAAGUCCCCCGCGGAAGCGUUUCUAUGUGGACGACGAUCUGGCCACGCACCCGCUGGUAACGCUCAUCAUGAACCGCUCAUGGGAGGGGUCGCCGCCCAUGUGGAUGUGCACGGGUUGGGAGCUGCUCGCCUACGAAGACAAGGCCUUGGCAAUGAAGCUCGCCGCCGACGGCGUACCGUUGAUAUUCGAAGAAUACGAAGCCAUGUCGCACUGCUUCGCGCUAUUCCUGGAGCGCCUGCCUGCUUCUCAGCGUUGCCUCGAGAGCUGGACAAGUUUCAUUAGCAGGGCGGUCGAAAGUCCGGUAUCUAUUGAGUCGCGCGCAACUACUAUCAAAGCCCGGACGCUGGAAGAAGUCCCUUUGAAAUUUGAUGAGCUUCUAGAUGAAUCUCUUGAAGAGAUACAGGCUGCGGUUAUAAGUAAGGUUGGCGAGGGAGAGCAUCCGGAGAUUACAGCAAAGUUGUAA